AUGAAGACAGCAAUUGCAUGCAUACUCUUCUCCUUAGUGCUGGGCAGCAUCUUCUCAGAUGCUGCUAGUCAAGUGGGAAAGGCAGGUGGAGUCAGUAAAAAUCAGAAGCCAGGUACCUCUAACCAGAAGAUGAAAACAGGGGCUACUGCUGUUCAAGAAGAAGAGAAAAAUAUGGCUAAAUCUUCUGCUGGUAACAUAGUGGAGACGCAAAAUGGCAGCAAGAAGCCUUCAGAGGAUCACAUCAGCUGUCCAGCACUCUUUGACCCUGUCUGUGGCUCUGAUGGAAAAACCUAUUCCAACAUGUGUAUGUUUGGAGUAGCAAAUAAGAAAAAUAAUGGAAAACUAAGCCUGAAACACAAAGGAAAGUGCUGA